GGACUCUCGGUUCUCGCAUGUACACUUAGACCUGGUAGGUCCAUUGCCUCCGUCGCGCGGAUUCGUAUACAUUCUGACAUGUGUCGACCGCUUCACCAGAUGGCCAGAAGCCAUUCCCGUAACAGACUGCACAGCUGAGACUGUUAUCCGGGCCUUCUUGGACCGAUGGGUCUCGCACUACGGAUGCCCAUCCACCAUCACAACUGACCGCGGAACGCCUUUCGAAUCUUCACAAUUCGAUACGUUCUGCAACUUCUUAGGUUGUCGCCGCAUCCAUACCACAGCGUAUCACCCAGCAGCCAACGGGUUAGUUGAACGUUUCCAUAGACAGCUUAAAGCCUCGCUCUGCGCCUCCUCCGACCCUAGCUGGAGCGAAAACAUUUCGCUCGUACUCUUAGGCAUUCGCAGCAGCAUCAAAGCUGACUUG